AAGAUCUUUUCUUAAUCAUUUGAUUUCUUUAUGUUGGUAAUGUAAAUUGUGUUCCUUGAAGUUGCUUACUCGUUGAUUUAGCUUAUCUGCAUAAUGUGAUUUUCCUAUUGAGGCUUUCUUGGUUCUUUUGCCUAGAGGUGAAUAUUGUUUAGAUUUCAGCAAUCUUUAUUUUGUUGUUUUAUUCGCUCCAAGAUUGGUAAAAAAGGAUUGACUUUUUUAAUAAUGUUCUAUUUUAGAUUUGUCAUGAACCCAUUUUCCCGGUGGGAAAUUUUAUGAUAUGUGUUAUGAGUUUUUGGGGUAAAAUAUAUUUAUACUAUACAUUUAUUUUUCUGUUGUUUACAUACAAGAUAUAGAAGAAAACAAUAAUUAGGUUGUUGCAUUUCCUUUUCCUUUAUGCCAUGCUUGUUUAUACAUUUUUUCUUUGGAAGAUAGUAACCAGAAAGAACCUUAUCAUUCUUAUCUGAACUCACUCUGCUCAUUUUGCAUCACUAAUUGCGUUCUCAUCGGAUACUAUAUUUUUUUCCAAAAAAAAAAGAGCCUUUCCAUCAUAUACUGCGCAUUGAUCACAGCUUAGUGAUCAAAUCUACUCAGUCAGAUAAGAAAUCCACCCCUGGCAGCCGUAUAAUCACUACAUCCAACAUGGAGGGAUAACGCUUUCUGUUUCUUGAUGUCUACCUUGGGAAAUCCUGCAAACAUAUUCUGGCAUGAAUGUCCAGUUGGAAAGGCAGAGAGGGAAAAGCUGCUUAACCAACAGGGAUGUGUUGUAUGGAUUACAGGUCUCAGUGGAUCAGGUAAAAGCACACUUGCCUGUUCCCUAGGUAGAGAAUUACACACAAGGGGUAACCUCUCUUAUGUUCUUGAUGGUGACAACCUUAGGCAUGGUCUGAACAAGAAUCUUGGAUUCUCGGCAGAAGAUCGGACUGAAAAUAUACGUAGGGUUGGUGAAGUUUCAAAGCUCUUUGCAGAUGCUGGAUUAAUAUGCAUUGCAAGUUUGAUAUCUCCUUACAGAAAGGAUCGUGAUGCUUGCCGAGCAUUAUUUCCGGAUAAAAGUUUUAUUGAGGUUUUUAUGAAUAUGCCUCUGGAACUGUGUGAAGGAAGAGAUCCAAAAGGCCUGUACAAGCUUGCUCGUGCUGGAAAGAUCAAAGGUUUUACCGGAAUUGAUGAUCCUUAUGAACCGCCAUUGAACUGUGAGAUUGAAAUACAACAAAAAGAUGGAGUAGUUCCGACACCACAUGAGAUGGCUGGGCAAGUUGUCUCUUACAUGGAGGACAGAGGCUUUCUGGAAGCUGAGUAAUAGGAUCCCUGGAGAUAAAAUAAGAAAAGACUUGGCACGAAGUCUAAGUAUCUGCAUCUGCUUCAAUAACCAUAUUUAUUGUUUAAAUCAUCAGCAUGAGAAGGUAGUUAACGAUCAUCUCGUAUCAGAGACAUGGUUUAGGAGUAUACAGCACAUAUUUUUUUCUUCAGAUUAGUUAGAUACUUAGACGUAAGUUAAUGAGUUUGCCUCUCUAGUUCAGUAGGUUCCAGAGAUUGUUCCGCAACUAGUCUUGCGCUACAUGAUCACAGGAAAUUCCCAUUUGUUUUUACUGGGUAUAUAACACGAAUUAUUCAAUGACUGGGUAUAUUGCAGGCUGAAAAUCUUCUAUGUUUUCUGUAUUCAAUUUUAGCUUUUAAAUGGCAUAUGUUGUAUAGAA